GCACAACGUUCACGCCCGCCUAUUUCCGGAAACUUUGGGCCUCUACUAUUUUAGUGGCACCUGAACCACCGGUCCACCGGUGGAGGACCUCCACAUAUCACCCCAGCCCGAAGCUCUUGGCACCGUCAAAUUUACAGCGCCAAUUUGGUCGGUCUUUCUCGGGUUUCCGGUAUGGGUGUGCCGAGCGACGACGUCGUUGUGAUCCAGAAAGGAAAGCGGCCGGGCGAGCCCUGCAUCAUCACCGUCAAUUGCCCGGACAAGACCGGCCUCGGGUGCGAUAUUUGCAGAAUCAUCCUCGAUUUUGGCCUUCUAAUAGAAAAAGCAGAUUUUUCGACUGAUGGGAUAUGGUGCUACGUAGUGUUAUGGGUGUUUCCUGAUUCCAGCUCCCCAGCAGUGAAAUUGUCAAAUUUGAAGAACCAGCUACAAUCUGUAUGCCCAUCAUGUUCAGUGCCGUUUUACUUGUACCAGCAGCCCACACGAUCGUCGUCCUCACCAGUUUAUCUGUUGACGUUUCUUUGCCUCGACCGCAAGGGAUUGUUGCAUGAUGUUACACAAACUCUCUCAGAGCUUGAGCUUUCGAUUCAGCGAGUGAAAGUUACGACAACCCCCGAUGAUAGGGUCUUGGACCUUUUCUUUAUAACAGAUAACAUGGACCUUUUACACACAAAGGAACGCCAAGAUGAGACGAUAAAACAAUUGCGUGAUGUUUUGGGUGAGUCAUGUAUCAGCUGCGAACUUCAGCUGGUAGGUCCCGAGUAUGAAUCCCACCAUGGAAUCCCUUCCCUUUCACCUGCGGUAGCUGAAGAGCUAUUUAGGUGUGAGUUAUUGGAUAAAGAAACCCGGUCUCAAGCUCUUAGUCCAGAUAUGACAAAGUUGAAGAAAACCAAUGUGACUAUGGACAAUUCGUUGAGCCCUGCUCAUACAUUACUUCAAAUCCACUGUGCUGACCACAAAGGUCUCUUGUAUGACAUUCUGAGAACUUUGAAAGACUCCAAUAUCAAGAUAGCUUAUGGUAGAAUUUCUCCAAAUAUUAAAGGCUAUCGCGAUUUAGACCUAUUCAUUCAGCAAAAUGAUGGGAAAAAGCUUGUGGAUCCCGAUAAGCAGAGCGCACUGUAUUUGCGGUUGAAGGUGGAGAUGCUUCACCCGUUACGUGUUAUCAUUGCAAACCGAGGGCCAGAUACUGAACUGUUAGUUGCUAAUCCAGUUGAGCUAUCUGGAAAGGGAAGACCACGAGUUUUCUAUGAUGUUACAAUUGCUCUAAAAACACUCGGGAUAUGCAUUUUCUCGGCUGAAAUCGGGAGGGUAGCGGCAUCAGAUCGUGAAUGGGAGGUGUAUACCUUUUUGCUGGAAGAGAACCACAACUUUCAGUUAUCAAACUUGGUAGCUAAGAAUCAGAUUGUAGAUAGAGUUAGAAGAACUUUGAUGGGCUGGUGAGUAGAUAGAUUUUACCAUCUUUCUACCAAACAAUCUGAGUCUUGAUGUAUUUAGGAGCUCUCUACCCCUCAGUGCAUUUUGGGCUUAUAAGAUUUAAAGAUGUACGACCCGUAUGAUGUUUUUGCAAACGUGUUGAUUCCCAUUGUGAA